UGUUGAUGCUGUUCUGUCAGUGUCAUUUUGUAAUUAAAUUUCUGGGAAAAGCAUUAUUUAUUUUGAUUAUUAACAGUUAUUUUCUGUUUAAUUUCAACAAUAUAUCUUAAAUGAAGCUGUUAAAGCCCAGUUGGGUCAAUCAUGAUGAUAAACCGAUAUUUUCCGUUGAUAUACAUCCGACGGGGAAGCGGUUCGCGACUGGGGGUCAAGGCGGGGACUCCGGGCGGGUCGUGGUUUGGAACUUAAACCCGGUUUUGUUUGAAGCAGUUGAAGUGGACCCCAAUGUCCCUAAGAUGCUUUGUCAAAUGGAUAAUCACUUGGCUUGUGUGAACUGUGUGCGUUGGAGCAAUGGUGGUAAAUAUCUGGCAUCGGGCGGUGAUGAUAGAUUGGUGAUGGUGUGGGGGCUCAGUGUCGCUGCUAAUGCUACUCCGGGCAAGCACAAGGCAGAGACUUGGCGGUGCUUGGCUACGUUGAGAGGACAUGCAGGUGAUGUGUUAGACCUAGCCUGGUCUCCGCUAGACAAGUGGCUGGCCAGCUGCAGUGUGGACAACUCCAUCAUCAUCUGGAACGCUGAGAAGUUUCCGGAAAUGGUCUGCGUAUUGAACGGACAUUCCGGACUUGUGAAGGGUGUUGCUUGGGAUCCCGUUGGAAAAUACCUAGCAUCACAAUCAGAUGAUAAAUCACUGAGGGUGUGGAAGACGGCCGACUGGGCACAGGAAAUUGUCAUCACUGAGCCAUUUGAAGAGUGCGGAGGAACAACCCACGUGCUCCGUCUAUCCUGGUCUCCGGACGGGCAGUACGUGCUAUCAGCUCACGCCAUGAACGGCGGAGGUCCCACUGCUCAAGUGGUCGAGAGAGACGGAUGGAGAUGUGACAAGGACUUUGUGGGACAUAGGAAGGCUGUUACUUGUGCUCGCUUCAACAACAACAUAUUCGUGAAAGAAGGCAAGAAGUGCUGCUGUGCCGCCGUGGGCUCCAGGGAUCGAGCACUCAGUAUAUGGCUGACGUCAUUAAAGCGGCCUCUAGUUGUCGUACAUGAUCUGUUCAGCGACAGUGUGCUGGAUUUGUCUUGGAGUUCUGAUGGUCUAAACCUACUGGCGUGCAGUUCAGAUGGCACGGUGGCUUGCAUACAGUUUACAAACAAGGAGAUUGGCACACCACUCACUAUUGAAGAAAAGAAUGCGUUCUACGAGAAGAUCUAUGGCAAAUGCUUAGCCAAUGAGUCAGGGGGCGAUCUCUCAGCCAACUUGCUGGUGGAGUGUCCUGAAAUCCUGCUGGCCAGGGAGAAGCAGGAAGCCAAGAAGGAGGCAGCUAAAGAGGAGACCACGCCCAAGAGUGAUAAGUCUCAGCCGAAGAGUCUGCUCAGUCCUUCAGCAGGGUCGAGUGGAACAUCAUCAACCCCUCUACGACCUAUGGACAGACAGAUAGAGACCCGCACUUCUGAUGGCAAGAGACGUAUCACGCCGGUCUUUAUACCGCUCACACAUGCUGAUGCUAACGAGUCCCUAAGCUCUCAGCCUGGUGGUACCGAGAACUGCUUCAGCACAUCUUCUCAGAGCAAGUCGCGUAUCAGAGUGGAGGUGCGAGACGAUAUCGUCAUACAUCCAAACGUUAGCAACCACGCUACUUCUCUGCAGAAUAACUCUAGGACUAGUGAUAAUGGUCUAGACCAGCGCCUACGCAAGCGUGGCGCCGCGUGCCUACCCGGCCCCCGCGCCGACGACCUCGCCGCCAAGCGCGUCUGCGCGCCCGACACCCCGGGGGCUCCGCCUGCAACCCCGGGGCCUGUCCGCAUGGGGCCCGCACUCGCCGCACCCGCGCUCGGCACCGCCGGACCUGUCGUUAGGGCUGCUGGACAGCUGCGCUUACAGGUAGUGAACAAAGCGUGUAACACACAAUACGGAACAUUAUCACGGCUACAGUUAUUGCCAAACAACUCCGCUUCGAGUGAUCCUGUUUGGGAAACUUAUUUAGGUUCGACGGUGACGUGCAUAGCGUGCGACGUGCGCUGGGCGUGCGUGGCGUGCGCGGACGCCACGCUGCACGUGUGGCAGCUGGCUAGGCAUACCGCCACCCGCGCCCUCCCUCCUCUGGCUCUUAUGUCUCAAGCGGCAAAGUUAACGCUAUCGGGUGACACGUUAGCCGUUGUAACCACGUCAGCAGAGUUGGCGAUGUGGGACCUAAGCACCGCCACGUGUGUGAUACGACCUUUAUGCUUCCGGUCCCUGCUGUCUCAUGGAGUGACAGUAACAAACUGCUCGCUACUGGACGACGGCAACCCGAUGAUCUCACUCAGCAACGGCAAGAGUUAUAUCUACAGUAAAGGACUUUGUGCCUGGGUGGUAUGGGCGGACGCGUGUGACCCGGUGUGGCGCUGCAGCGGCGCGGCGCCUAAUGUUCGCUCGUCGAGAACUUCGCUCUACCCACUCGCUAAAGUUAACAGGACUAGACCUACUUCUUUUACUAACAGCAGUUACAGAAGCGGCGCUGCCCGCAGCUGGUUAGAGGCGCAGGUAUCGUCGAGCCUGCACCUGCGCCGGGCACACGACUACAGACAUUGGCUGAAUGCGUUGUUCGCACAUCUUGUUAACCAUGGUACUGAAGACCAAUUGCGUUCAAUAUUAGACGACAUGAUGGGACCAAGUCAUUGUACCUCUACACCUAAGAAAUGGCAACCUACAAUCUUGGGCAUAAAGAAACACGAGCUUCUAGAAGAGAUGUUAGCACUCCUAGUUCGUCAGCUGCGCUGGCAGAGAAUGUACGCAGAAUAUUCUGACCAACUGUCAGAAUUGAAAGUCCAUACCGUUGUCAAUGGCCACUGACAAGAAAUCCGACAUAACUGGUAGGAAAGAUAUUUAUACAUUAGAAAGAAAUAUCGAUAAAAUGUACAGCUCUUGAUAUAGAAUAGUAGAUAGAUCGGCAAUCCAGUGAUUUUUUGUGAAGACAAAAAUGAAAUAGAUCAGUUGAGCGAAUUGUGUGAGUAAAUAUUAUAUAUAUUGCUGCUUUCUUCAACUUAAAAUUGGGUAUUUGUAGCGUUGAACAUUAAAAUUAUUUUCCUAAAUAUCGCUGGUUUUGUUGUUAAAAUUUGCUUUUGAUACGAGACCGCUACAGGCCUCUAGAGUGGUUUUUUUUUUGGACUUAUACCACAUAGAGUUGUCAGUCACGCAUUGCCGAUCUAUUGAACGGUAGUGGGAUCCUAAAUCUAUGUGUUCAGCACAUAAAAUGAUUUGAAUAAAGAGACCAUAAUGUGUCUUAUUGUAAGCUCUUUCGAUUCUUAGAAAGGUUUUUUUCGUGAUUAUGAAAUGAAUAAGUUAUUCAUUCGAAUGAUUAUAAUGUAUCGAUAUUUUUACCUCGAUUGGCAAUGUCGAUAUUAAAACGAUGUAUUAGUUUUAUCGAUAUCUACCUAAAUAAAUAACCGAUGGCAGAACAGCACUAGCUGUAUGGAUUUCACAACAUAUGAUUUAAUGCAUAUUUAUCAAAAAGUAGCCUUAUGUUUAAUUCUUGAAGUUAAUAUUUGAAUAAUAAUAUUGCUACUAAUUUUAACACUUCCUUGAGAAUACAUAUUGAUGGACUCAUAUUUUUACUGAUGAAAAUCUUAAAAUCGUCUGAUGAUCUUACUUUGUUUAAUUUUCGCUCAAAAAACUCAUUAAAGAGUAAUUUUAUUAAGUUACACUUAUCAUAGUCCAAGAAUAGGACAGUAAGAUAGAUAAAAUAUUUUAUGGUUAUACCUACCUAUUGUAACUACUGAAACAACUGCUUAUAAUUUAACUUGAAGCCUUGUUUUUUGCCUAAUUUGAACCCUUAAUUCAAAUGACAUCUCCGCUAGUCAUUUUGUUCUCCAUGAUAAAAAAUGUAUUUCCCAAAAAUGGAUGAGUUUUGAGAAAAAUUAAAAAAAAAAUUGGUAUAUCAUGAUUCCUAAAUAGGAUAGAAAAUUAUGUCUUCUUAGAACGUAAUGUUAUUUCCGUAACGUUUUGUUGUGAAUUAGGAAUACAAAAUCGUUGUAGUAGAUAUUUGGUGAAUAAUUCCGCCUUACACUAUUUUAUAUGUUACCUAGUUCAUAAGUAUGUAUUUGUAAACUGCGUUCAAUGCAUUUUAUGUUAUUGUAUCUUAUUUUUGCAUUAACAUCUUAAAAUAUGAAUGUUUUAAUUCAAAGAGCAGAUAUAAAACAUGUGUUGGGCUUUUAUAAUUUUCAAGGGUUGCACCAUUUAACUAUAAAAAUGACUAAACCAUAACUAGCCAGAUCAAAUAAACGAUUUGAUAGCUGAAAAUGGUUAUAGAGUUAUCAAUAUAGUUAAAACUUGCAACUCAGCGUAAAUAUUUCAUUAAAAAUAUGAUUUGAAAAUAAAGCAAUUCUACAUAGACAAGAAAAAUGUAUCUUAUGUAUAACUACGUAAUAGGUAUAUUUGAUAUCUGUAAAUAAAAAAAAUACAGAUAUGAAUUUCAGUACACAACAUACCAUCCAGUUGUGUUCAUAUCAUCUUAUGAAGUAGAUAGUGUAGUUUAAGGUACUUUUAAUGUCGUGGAAUAUGAAUGUAAAGAGUAAACGAUUUUUGUUAAAACCAUGGUGCAAAGAAAUAAAUGAAAAAUAAUGCAUUUAGAAAAACAUAUUAUGCAUUGCAUUAUAAAAAAUAGCUUCAUUUGAAUGUAUGAAUCUUAAAAAGUCGAAAAUUGUAUCACCUAUCACAUGGAACUAAUCUUAGGACCACGAUUUAGUGUUAGGAAAUCAUAACACCAAUUAUGUAUUCGUUAAUCGGUUAAAUAAUAUAAAAAUAUAUGUGCUAACUAUAAGGUUCUCAGAGAGUAGUUCGUAACUAUGGUUUAUAGAUACAACAAAUAUGUGUAAUGUUCACUUUUUAACCGACUUCCCAAAAAGGAGGAGGUUCUCAAUUCGUCGGGAUCUUUUUUUUUCAAUUAUAUGUAUCCUCCUUUUUAAUGAAAAAUAGGCUUUAAAAACCUAAAUGUGCUAACCAUUUUAUGAUAAAAUUGAAAUUAUAUUUGAACGGCUCAAUUAUGUUAAUGUACAUUUUUUAUGUGUUUAAAAAUUAAAAGAUAUUGUCUCUGCUGUCUAGUCAAAUUGGUUCCCUCACUAAAGUAUUAUGUACUAAAAUUUGUACAAUUUUACAGCGCCGAAGUUAACUAGGCUAGCCAGUUAUUUGACAAGUGUAAACGUGUACAUUUUGACGCCACAAAAAAUCUUUUGCGGAAUAUUGUAAAGAUAUAAAUCUGGCUGUGCAUUAUUCUCUUACUUCUGCCCUGUUCCCAAUUUUGUUUGGGGUCGGCGCAAAAUGUCUUCCGCUUUCAUUUUUCUCUGUCACUCGUCAUACUCCCUUCGCUGUGAAUUAUUAUUUCAUAAAUAACAAUAUCAGUUGAGUUAAAAAUAUUCGUGAUUUGAUUCAGUCAACACUUU